AUGAUAACGGAAAAUUCUGCCCCGAAAUAUGUACAAAAGUGGAAUUUCAUGUUUAUAACAUCAUGUGUGUUUGCCGUUUCACUGGAUCCUUUGUUCCUCUACGUUCCUAUCCUUAACUACGAUAUGAAGUGUCUGAGGUUGGACAACAACUUGAAGAUUACAGCUCUUGUCUCACGAUCGGUCACAGAUCUGUUUUAUAUAGCAAAUAUUGUCUUUCAAGUUUACAGAUAUAAGAUUUGUUCAAACUUAAUCAAACUAUUUCUUCCCGGAAGUUGGUCGUCCAAGUUAGCUGAACUAAGGAAGAUAUGGCAGUCAUACAUCAUAGUUGACAUUUUAGCUAUUCUUCCUCUUCCACAGGUAUGA